GAAGUUAGUGGAUUGAAGUCAAUAGUACCUGGACAUGAUUCUAAUUCAACUCCGUCUACACCAUCAGUGUCAUAACCUCACUCGAUAACUAAAUCUAAGGCUAGCAUUGAAUAUAAUAAAAGUGAGUUCGAUCUGAGCUCUUUGAAAGCUGAUCCAAAAUUAAGAUAACAACUAUCAAUAUUUAAUCGCAAUGCUCACGAUACUUUUAGAAGAUACUAUCUUCAAAAAGAUGUUUGUCAACCUGGUCAUGAUUUUACAUCUAUAGCUAUUGGAGGAAAUCUUUGUAGCUUUAAAUCUUCUUGGUAUAAGAUAUAUCAUUGAUUGAAAUACAAUAUUGGGAAAAAUGAUGCUUGCAUUUUUAUUUAUUUAGGGGCAGUGAUAGCAAGCAAGGUGGAGGUGCUUCAUUUAUUUCUAAGGGUUUUGAAAAUUGGAACAGAGCAUAUGCAGGUUUUGAUAAGCAUAUUGGUCAUGUCGAUAGUGAGCAAAAUAAGGCUAUGAGAAAAUGUGAAGACUUGUUGAAUCAAUCACAAAUCAUUGGAGUAUCCCUAUGUAAACAGUCAAAUGAGGCAAAGGUGGAUUACAGAACUCGUUUGCAAGCUUCGAUUGACUGCAUUAGACAUUGUGUACGCUAAGGUCAUGCACUUUAUGGUCAUGAUGAAUCUGACAAAGAAUAGAGGAAGUUUUAUUGAACUUCUGAAAUUUCAUGUUCGAGGUAAAGAUGAUAUGGAGUGCAUUGUGAUGAAUGAUGCUCCAAAAAAUCUCCAGAUGGCUUCCCCAGAUAUACAAAAAGGAUAUUAUCGAUGCAACUGCAACUGAAAUAACGAAGGAAAUCAUACGUGACAUUGUAAAUGAUGUUUUUUUUCCAUUUUGGUGGAUGAAACUCGUAAUACAUUUAUCAAAGAGAUUAUGACUAUAUGUGUUGUGCUAUGUAAAUCAAGAGGGAUAUGUGAUGGAGAUAUUUCUUGGGAUUUUUCAUGUCGCAGGUACUAAGGGGACAAGGUUAUGAUACCGGUAGCAAUAUGAGUGGGGAAAUUAAUGGCCUCAAAACUUUACUUUUGGCAGAAAAUUCAUCUGCUUAUUAUUUUUAUUGCUUUGCCCAUCAGCUUCAGCUAAUGCUUGUUACAGUUACAAGCAUCAUGGUGAUAUUAGUGGCUUCUUCAAGGGUGUGAAUGACUUGAUCAAAUUGGUAGGGGAAUCUUGUAAUCGAAUGGAAAAUAUUCGACAUUGUCAAGCUGCUAAAGUAGAUGAGGCUUUUAUCAUGGUGAACUUGAGAGUGGACGAGGAUCGAAUCAGGAAGUUGCUCUCAAAAGGCCUUGUGAUACUCAUUGUAGAUCACAUUUUGACAUACUUCUAAACUUGACUGGUGUAUUUGAUUCGAGCCUAAUUGUACACUUUUUAUCCCCGAUUCACUUUGACGUUUGUUGUAAUUGAACUCCAAAAAGGUUGGUUUUACGCGAGGUUGCUUGUGUUUUAGUGUGUUUCAGAUUCUAACAGGUAAAACCAAACCUGGAGUCAAAAGUUGAUAGAAAAGGAGUAAUGAUCGGGCAAAGAGGUGGAGAAAGUCGCUGUUCACGGCCUUGCAUUGGAGUUCACGGUCUCACAAGGCUAUGAACUGGAGCCAGAAUCUGUGAACCGAGGAGCAAAUAGAGGGGGUUUUAGGUUACCGACACCCAGGCAGUUCACGAUCGCUUAGACCGUGAAUAGAGGCCACUGAACGUGAACCUGAGCAAAUGAAGCGGUGCGUUUUGGUCGCAGCACUAAAUUCAUGGAGGCGUUUCAAUGUUCACAACCGUGAACUAAGGCUGUGAAUUGUGCGUGAUCUCCAUUUAAAAGACUUGCUGAAAGGAAGAAUACAAGGGAGAGAGACCUAGAGUUAGAAACUUCUCCUUCUUCAGAUUUUAGAGUGAGAAAGUGAUAAACCAAAGAAGAGGAAAAGUUAGGGUUUCUUCUCCAAGCAAGGUUUUGGGAAUUUCUUCCCCAAAGGAGGAUUUCUUCAGCACAAGGACCAAGGAUUGCAUCUUCUUGAUGGUUUCCCUUUCCCUCUCUUGUGUUUUCCCUUCUCCUAGCAUGGAGUAGUCCUUUCUUUCACUUGGGUGUUUGUAAACCCUAGCUACAAUUAUGUGAAUGCUUGUAUGAAUUGAAUAAUUUGUGUGUGGUUGUGUUUUAAUAUGAAUGUGGAGGUAUUAUUCAGAAAUGAUUGUGUUAUGUGAAAGCCUAUCUAUCUAAUUGCCAUUCUAACCUAGCUUAGAGAGGAGACCUCCUUAGGUUAGGAGGCUGAUUGGGUGUUCUUGGGCAUUUCAUGCCUCCUAGGCUAGUUUAGAGAGGAAACAUCCUUUACCAAAGAGGCUAUGUUUCCUUGGGCAUUCGAUGCCUCCUAAACUAGUUUAGAGAGAACCCUCCUUAACCUAAGAGGCUCAUUUCGAGAUGGGUUUCCUUGGGUAUUCAAUGCCUCCUAAGCUAGUUUAGAGAGAACCCUCAUUGACUUAAGAGGCUCUAUUAGAGAUGGGUUUCCUUGGGCAUUCUAUGCCUCCUAUUCUAGGUUAGUUAAAGGGAAAACCUCCUAAUUCGCAUUAGCACUUAGGGAUUGGUUGUGGGUGGUCGUCCGAACUCCAAUUCAAGGGUGAAGUCUAACUGUUCCUUAGUUGAUAGGUUGAGAGGGUCACUUUAGUGGCUUGGAUCGUAUCCCAUUCCUCAACCUAGAGGCUAAGAGGGUAGCUUCGGUUGUUUGUUAGACUUCCUUGCAGUUUAUGACCCCCUAACCACACACGGUCGUUCGAUUCUUCAGGUCAUAAUUGUUAGCUAGGGGGAGCAACGCCCACGUGAAGCUUUCUCAACUAGAGUUAAAUCCAUUUUACCUUUACAAAGCUAUUUAGUUUUAGACCAUUGUUUUCACCAAAACCAAUCCGCUAGAUAAUGUUUCAAACAUUCGAAGUAGCAGACGUGGACCGACCCGAGUCGAUAUUUAAACAUACUUGCCCUAUAUUGCACCAAUCUAAGGUCUAUACUGGGACCUUAGGUGGGAUUUUAUUUUGAUAGUCAGAGCGAGUCAAGUUUUUGGCGUCGUUGCCGGGGACCUCUGUCCGUUAUCGUGAAAAGUUUGCUUGGUGUUAAUCUAGUUUUUAAUUUCUGUUUUUGUUAAGUUGUGAUGUUUUUGCUUGUACUAGAUGUGUUGUGCUCUUUAAGUGUGUGUAGGGAGGUGUAUGACCCGGAGCAAUCCGUUGCAUUUAACACCACUGGAUGAGGACAUCAACCGAACCCUCCGACUUCUAGCUCGAGAGAGGGAGCAAGCGGAGGCAAGAAGAAGAAGUGAAGAAAGGGGACAACAAGUUGGUCACAGAAUUGAAGUAAUUGAAGGAGGAGUUGAAGUUGAGAUGACAGGAAAUCAACAUCGAGAGGCUAAUCCGCUUCCAAACCCAACUGGAGAAGCGGAAGUCGAGAAAGUGCCAAUGACUAUGGGCUAUUACAUGGAUCCACGGGCGGCGGAUAUCCAAUCUCCCAUCUUACAUCCACCCGUGGCCGCCAACAACUUUGAGAUCAAGCCCUCUCUCAUGACGAUGAUUCAACAAUAUGCUUACUUCCACGGGCUAGCCCAUGAAUCACCACGAGAGCAUGUCCAAAGGUUUCUUGAGCUAUCGGGAAGCUUGAAGAUAAUUGGCGUCCCCGAGGAGGCAUUGCUAUUGAAGCUCUUCCCCUAUUCUUUGGCGGGGAAGGCACUCUAAUGGCUCAACAACCAUCCGGCUCUAUCUAUCACCUCUUGGAAUGAUCUCCUCAACAAGUUCAUGACCCAAUAUUGUCCUCCUUCCAAGACGGCCGAGUGGAGGAAGAAAAUCACUCACAUUGAGCAAGAGAAGGAUGAGACAUUGAGGGAUGCAUGGAAAAGAUUCUCCGACUACUUCCUCCAAUGCCUCACCAUGGAUUCAAGGAGCAAUUUCGGAUAGAAACUUCUAUGGAGGACUCAUUCAAGAUGACAAGAUCCUCAUUGACUCUCUUUGCCAAGGGAGUUUGCUGAACAUGACCCCUCCUCAAGUGACUGAGUUGCUAGAAGAUAUGGCUCUUAAGGGAUAUGAUUGGGGCUUGACAAGAAGUGGGAAGAGAAGCACCGAUCGAGGAGUAUGAAAUGUGAGAGCAAGUGCUCCACUUGAAGCGAAGCUUGACAAGUUGAUCAAGGUGAUCUUUGAGGAUAAGAAGCAAGGGAAGAGAGCAGUGAUGUCUUGUGAUUGGUGUUUAAGCACCAAUCACGAAAUUGUGGAUUGCCAAGCGAUGAAGGAGUCGAGUACCCUCGAGGAGCAAGUGUGCUUCAUUACCAAUGCUAGAGGGAACAACCCUUAUAGUAACACCUACAACCCCGGGUGUCGUAAUCAUCCAAACUUCGCUUGGUCUUCCCCUACCAAUCCAAGACCUCCCGGUUUCCAAAGUCCAACAGGCAACUACCAACCUCGGCCAAUAUUCAUCCAACAAAGGCCUCAAUUCCAAAACUCGAACUUCCAACAAACAUAACAAGCACAAGGAGGUCAAGAGUUUCAACAACAACAACAAGUAGAUAAGUUCUCUAAACUUGAAGACCUUGUGAACGCCUCGGUGGAGAUGCUUUGAAAGCUCCACCUCAAUACCCUUCCUUGAAGCGAUGGCCCACAUGCCAAGGUAUUCGAGAUACCUCAAGGGGUGUCUCUCUAAGAAGCCAAAGUUCGAAGACCUCGCCAAUGUCACCCUAGGCGAGUAGUGCUCAGCCUUCAUCCUCAACAAGCUGCCCAAGAAGCAACCCAAAAUGCGACCAAGUGUAAUCGUAGUCCGGAAAUGCAGUAAAGUGGCAAGCUCUAAUUGUCAACCCGGGGUCUAGAUCUACUGCCUACUCCGUGAUUAUCUAUUAUCUAGCAAACUAAGUCGAGUGAUUGUGAUUUUAAGUAAAAGCAGUAAGAAAGCAGGAAAUGGUUCAAAGUUCUUUAGCAAAGGAACAGUCACUCGGGAAUGAGUCCCUCUAGCUCCUUAGUUAGGUCAAGGUUGUAAUUACCCUGGGUAGAUUAACUGUUGAUUAAACUGCGGAAGAUCCGACAGUAGCUUGCAAUCUCUUAAGUUGACAAAGCCCUCUCAGGCAGGCUAACCGGCAGGCGACUAACCUUCACCGGGAUAGACUGCUGAGGCAAUAAGCAUAGAACUCCACUACUGGAAUUGGGUUCCAGUACAAAGCAGUAAAUCGAUUAACUCUCGUAUAACUAAUCUAUCACUACCGAUUGAUGAAGCUCUAACAACCUAAUUAGAUUCUAUCUAUCUUAGGUUGCAGCAGAAAUCAAGAAAAGAUGGCUAGGCUUCAAUUGACUCAAUGAAUAAUGCAUCAAUCGAUUA